AUGGCACCAAAGAUAAAUGCAGAAUUAGUUGUACCAUACAAACAUAUGCCAGCCAAACCACGUAAGGAAGCCAGCUCAAUGAUGGCCCAAUCCUUACCCAUGGCCGCCAUGUUCAUGAGAAACAAAAUCUUAUCAUGGUCAGCUGUCUUCUUGGCCAUUCAAUCCUAUUUGAAUGAUCCAAUUAAUGCCCCACCGGCAGAAGAUGGAUCAACUUCAACUCCAGCAUCUUUGAGGGUGAUAUUUGCACUUGUUUCUUUGGUAACUUGUUAUAUGGAUGUUAUUUUCCCAAGUUCUAAUCCGGGGUUGAAGAAGGCGGUGGUUGAGACUGCGGCGGAGAGUAUUACUUCGAUUAUUGAGACUGCUACCACUGGUGCUUAG